UCAUUCUCCGGCUGUUUGCGCGCAGCGCUGGUCCUUUUGACGUCAGUAUGACGUCAAUGGUAGGGGGGCUCCCGCUGGCGUGGGGAUUCCGACUCAGUCCGAGCGGGGCCCGGGGAUGGUGCUGGCCGAGCCCGACCGGGACCGGGACCAGGAGCGGGGCCCGGGGAUGGUGCUGGCCGAGCCCGACCGGGACCGGGACCAGGAGCGGGGCCCGGGGAUGGUGCUGGCCGAGCCCGACCGGGACCGGGACCAGGAGCGGGGCCCGGGGAUGGUGCUGGCCGAGCCCGACCGGGACCAGGAGCGGGGCUCGACCCCGGCCCCCGCCCCCGGCCGCCGUGCACUCAGGGUCGGCUUCUACGACAUCGAGCGCACGUUGGGCAAAGGCAACUUCGCGGUGGUGAAGCUGGCGCGGCACCGGGUGACCAGGAGCCGGGUGGCCAUCAAGAUAAUUGACAAGAGCCGUCUAGAUCGGCGGGAGCUGCAGAGAGUUCAGCGGGAGGUGCAGAUCAUGAAGCUGCUCAACCACCCACACAUCAUCAAACUGUACCAGGUGAUGGAAUCGCGGGACAUGUUGUACAUCGUGACCGAGUUUGCACAGAACGGUGAAAUGUUUGACUACCUGUCGGUCAGGGGGCCACUGAGCGAGCGAGAGGCCCGGCACAAGUUUGGGCAGAUCCUGUCAGCGGUGGAGCACUGUCACCGGCUCCGUGUUGUUCACCGUGACCUGAAGACCGAGAACCUGCUGCUCGACGCCAACAUGGACAUCAAACUCGCAGACUUCGGUUUCGGAAACUUCUACAAACAGGGCGAGCUGUUGUCCACCUGGUGUGGAAGUCCCCCAUACGCUGCGCCUGAGGUCUUCGAGGGCAAGGACUACGAAGGCCCCCACCUCGAUAUCUGGAGUCUGGGAGUUGUGCUGUACGUUCUCGUCUGUGGGUCCCUGCCAUUCGAUGGACCAACACUGCCGCUUCUGAGACAGCGGGUGAUCGAGGGCCGCUUCCGAAUCCCCUUCUUCCUAUCUGAAGACUGUGAAAGUUUAAUUCGACGGAUGUUGGUGGUGGAUCCUGCAAAGCGAAUCACAAUCCCACAGAUCAAACUACACCGGUGGAUGUUGGGGCAGGAGUUCCUGCACAAACCACUGGUUUAUUCCUUCCAAGACUACAACUUGAACCUGGGCAAUUAUAACCAGCAAGUCCUCAGCCUGAUGCAAACCCUUGGCAUAGACCGACAGAAGACCAUUGAGUCCUUGCAGAAGAGCAGUUACAACCACUUUGCUGCCAUCUACUACCUCCUACUAGAGCGGAUUAAGGAGCACAGACAGACACAGGCAGUGAACUGGCCAUCUUCAGCUCAGUGUCAAAGCUCCAGGACAAGUGACAGUCAUUCCCAGACCGUGGUUGGUGUGGAGCUAAUGACCCCCUGCUUGCCCGUGGGACUAUUCUCCCUGCCUGUGCCACGACCUGACGCAGAGUGUGAACUGGUCUGUGCUCUCCAGCAGCCAGUCCUUCGCCCAGCGGAACCGUCAGUCACAACCAGGAAGCGAUCCAUGUCUCCUAUCGGUUUGGUGGGAGUUUCCAUCAGUGGGGAGGAGGGGCCGGAGCCAGAUGAGGAAGUGAUGGGGUUGGUGCUGAGCCCCUUCCAACCUCGGGCUGGGGGCAGUCGGCGGCACACCGUGGCUGAGGUGUCGGCCAUCUUCAGUCACCACACCGCUCCCGACCGGGGUCACCAGCCUGCGGUGCCCGAGGCUGCCUGUUCUGACAGCUGUCUGAUGUCCUCGUCUGGCACCGCUCCGUCCGUCAGCACCGCCCUGUCCUGGAUCCAGCCCCUCACAUUCCACAGUUCGGCUCCGGCCCCACCGCCUCCUGCCCACCAAGACACCCACUCCCCUCUUGGCACCUUCCAGGAGGGCAGGAGGGCAUCUGACACCACCCUGACCACAGGACUGAAGCCUCCGCGUUUUGUGCGCCGAAGCGCCCGGGCAAGAGGGAGCCCCUGGCUUUACCGGAGUGGGGGGCUGUCUCGGCACCACUGGCCCCCUCCCCACAGCCUCUCUCCGUGGGAUCGGCCUGUACACCUGCUGCCCGAGGGGAGUGCCGCCCGGACCCCCAUCACUACCCCAGGACCCACCGAAGGAGCCUCCCUGUCCCACCAACUCCUGCACCAGCACCGAGAGCUGCAGCUGAAAUACCUCAGUGUCCCGGAGGCUGCCCUCCUCCCCCCACCCAGUGCAGUCCAGGGUCCUGUGUUCCAGAGCCCAGUGCGGGCCGUUCUGCAGCCGACCACACUCAACCUUCCCUCAGACGACCCACAGACGGGCUGCACCGUCCCGUCACCGCUCAGCUGCUCUCUGGCUGCCUUCCACUUCCCUCCUGUGUUCUCCGAGUACCUCCAGCAGAGCCAGGGGCUGCAGGCAGACUGUGAAAUGGAGGACCUCCCAGCAGCACGACUCAGCAAGGUUGUGUUGGUGAACUAGGCAGUUUCAGAUCCAUGAACUCUGCAUCCAACAACCUCAAGCAAUAAAACCCUGGGGCUGAGAAUCUGUUGGAACUCAGUCCUAUAACUCUCCCAGUG